CGCCGCGCGCCGGGUUCCGCCGGGGGCAGCGCGUCGCCGGCGGGCGGGGAGCGAGCGGGUGCCGGGUCUGAGCUGCCGCCGCCGCCGGCUUCUCACACGUGAAGGGCCGUAGGCGUCCCGCCGAGGAGCCCCGCUGUCCCGCAGUGCGGGGGCUGCCCCUCCGCCUGCCCUCCGGGCGCCGAGCCGCACCGCUCGCCCUCCCCCGCCGCUCUUGGGAGGCGUCGCGGCGCUGCCCCCGUGAGCGCUCCCCACGGGGUGGGCGUGGGGAAGGGUGGGUGCUGCGGCGGCCUCCCGUCCGCGGGCGUCCCAGCCCCGCCGGCGGUGGAUGCGCCCGGGAGGAGCCGCCGAGCCCGCCCAGCCCUUCCAGCCCCCCGCGGGGGGGACGCGGGGACCGCCGCGAUGACUUGACGCCGGGCCGGGCCGUGCCGUGCCAUGGAGGGGAUGACACGCUUCGCGGUGGCCGCGGCGCGGUGGCGGCCGGCGCUGCCCGCCCUGCUGCCGCUGCUGCUCGCCGUGCCGGCGCUGCGGGGCUCUCCCGCCGCAGAUGAGAGAUCCUUGGAACAGCAGAAUUUUUCCUUUUUCUCAACGGUGCAUGAAAGCAUAUCAGGCAGCAGGACACAAACGGCCUUAGCAAGGAGUACUUUGGAGUCCCAGGAAAGUAAUUUGCUUCAAACAGUUUUAUCAUCAGUUACCACUUCCUUUGAUGGGACUUUACUUAGCCAAGAAGAAACAGCCAUGAUUUCAGAAGGGAGAAGUACGCCGAUGGUAGAUGUCUCUGUAAGGAGCAAUGAGGCAUUCCUAAGUGAUGAUGAAUUUAUUAGCUCCUUUUCAAAGGCACAGUGGACUCCUCCCGUGAAGUCUUUUGCAGUUUUAACAGAUCAUCACUCAGUUAAUACAGUAGAGCCAUCAAGAGAAAUGUUAGAAACUGUGUUGCUAACACCUUCAUUAUCUGUCCUUUCUUCACUGUAUGAUAUCUCAGAAACAGCACAGCAGAAGACUCCCUUGAGUGCUGUCCCUGAACGCAGCUACACUCUCAUGGAGCUAAAGCCUUUUGUACCAGAUCCUGAAAUACUAACAGCAAGCAGAGAUGUGCUGUUGUACCCUCCAAAUACAGCUGUUCCUUUCACGUCCAUUCCUUCUGACAGGGGAGUUGUGGCACAGGAAAACAUCAAUGCAAGUUUAACAGCUCUGCCUUUUGGGGGUGCUUCAGAGGGAUCUCCUCUCCAUCUCAAGCUGCGGGGUGAAACCAGCCCUGGGGCCCCAGAUGCCACAGUGCAAGGUGCAGACCUGUAUGGUGAUGUUUACACCCAUGUGAGUAGCAGGGCAGCAGAAUCUCUCAGUCAAAGGACUUACCCCACUCCAAGCAUUCCCUGGCACACACCAACUUCAGCAGCCAGUGCUGAGCCUGCUUUUUAUCCUAUUAGUCUUCCACUUGUGUCUUUCCCUCUGGAUUCAGCUGCCAUUUCCGUGAACUCUAAGACAGUUCUUAAUGCCAGCCUGUUUACACACGAAUUCUCCACUACAGCACCAAAUUUGCCUGCUGGUUCAGAAAUACCAAGUCAAUCAGAGCUUGCCAGUGAGCUCAAGAGUCCAGUGCCUUUCACGAGAUCCUACAGUUACUGUCUGUAUUGUGACUCUGUUUCCCUUCUGCCAGAAGCAGGCUUUGCCCCAGAACACGAUGUGGGCUCAGGCGAUGAUGCUGAAACUUUGUCCAUCAGAGCCUCUGAAGUACAAGGCAUAACUGCAUUUACAACUAUAAUUACUGAUGGGUAUGACUUAGAGGAACCUACACCUGAGACUUUUGAUACUUCUUUUCCAUCAAGACCAGUUGUUUCACUUUCUUCAAGACUCGCAGAAAUCCCUGACUCAAGCAUGUUUUUAUUAAGCACUACAGACACUAGAACACCUAUAACAAUAUCUCCCUCCUUCCAUCAGCUCCCUGGGGAAACAUCACUGAACAUCUCUGUUUCCCAGACCCUCCCUGUUCUGGAAACAAUUUCAUUGACUCCAAGUGCUCAUGUGGAAUUUCCUGGUGCCACCACUGCUCUGUUGGACUCUGCCAUCACCCCCAGUGAGCCAGUCACGUCAUUCGCAAUCAGUCGGACAACCUUGCUGGAGCUGCCAGAAUUAAUGCCAUCAGAAUCCGUGGUUUUGCUUGGCAAGACAUCUACAAGGGAUGAACUGUCUUUAAAUAUUUCAGAUUUUCCAUCCAAUCUUUUAUCAACGCCGUUUCUUAUUGAAUCUAGCUACUUGUCUUUAUCGCUGACCAUGAUAAAUUCUUACUCUGUCAUGCAAAGUGAUUUAUUAACACUGUUACCUCAGACCUUGUUGACUGGGACAUCAGUACUUCCUGAGGAUGUUACCAGCUGGGACUUAGCUACCACUGUCAGCUCUGCCACUGAUGCCGAGGUUUCUCAGUUGCAUCUUAGCCAAACACCAUACUUUCAUUCCAACACAUCGUCCCUUCCAGAUUCACAGGUUCCUGAAAUAAUGCCAUCAUCGGAGUUUCACUCAGAGUCAUCUGUGUUUCUGGAAGCGUCCUCGGUACUGCCAGUGGGCUCUGAAGUUGUGUUUACCUCAGCUGCCACAGGAGCUACCUCUCAGUUGGAGCCUUCCCUCUCCACCUCUCCCUCUGUGGCUCCUACCCUGGUGCUGCCCACUCCCGACACCCAGUCUGUUACCAGCAGCAUCUUGCUCAGUGAAACAAAUCUGAUCUCUUCGUUUACUACCUUCCCAGCAACUCCUGUCUUAAACAUAUCUUCAUCUCUACUUUCAACUGCUCUGGGCUCUGAUGAGGAUAUUGGUGCUACAGUUUACCCCACGCUGCUUUUAACAUCUGGCAGCAGGGGCAGUGUCCCCACAGCCAUUCCUCCCACAGACCCUGACAUCCUUGCAUCAGAUGCUGACACCAUCAGCAUAACACCCUUUCCUACAGCAUCUCUGCCUGUGACCUCGUCGUUUGCUCCCACACAAUUCCCUCUGACUGCCAGCCCUCCCCCUGGACAUGAAGUUCCAUCAGGAAGCAGUGUAACUGCUGGUGCUGAUCCAUCAGCUGCUGCCACCAGUGCUACAGGCAGCCCAGGGACAAUGUCCUCCAGUGCUACAGGCAGCCCAGGGACAAUCUCCUCCAGUACUACAGGCAGCCCAGGGACAAUCUCCUCCAGUGCUACAGGCAGCCCAGGGACAAUCUCCUCCAGUGCUACAGGCAGCCCAGGGACAAUCUCCUCCAGUGCUACAGGCAGCCCAGGGACAAUGUCCUCCCCCCCUCUGAGGAGCACUACUCCACCUGAAGUGGUGGCUGUGACCUCUGCUGUGACAACCACCAGGCAGCCGUACGUCUGCGACAUCACCGUUCCCGACGCCUACUUGGUCACAGCGGUGCUGGCCCGAAGAGCUGUUCUACGAAAUGUCACUGAAUCCAUCAGAGAAGUGCUCAGAGUUCAGUUCAGGAGAUCAGUAGAGCUGGAGGUUUAUAAAAUUUCCCCCAGAUUUGCUUUCUUGGUGACAUCGGGUCCCUUUGUUUACACGGCAAUAGCUGUCAUAAAUGUGCUUUUGAACAGCAGUCUUCUUCGUGGGGAGGCCCCCAUCAUCCUCUCACUGCACCCUUCUUUCACUGUGCCAGACAACAGGUUCCAGGUUCAGACAGUGCUUCAGUUUGUACCUCGAAACGUGGAUAUUGGAUUCUGCACCUUUAGCCAGCGCAUUGAGAAAGGGCUGACAAUGGCAUUCCUGGAGGUGAACAAGCACCAGGAGUCCUACAACUUCACUGUGCAGAUACUGAACAUAACUCUGAGCAGGCCUGGGGUGGCAUUUCGACAGGGCCCUGUGAGCAUUGUCUUUGCCAUCCGAGACAGGUACGGUUUUCUCAAUGGGUCUGAAGUCAGUGAGCAGCUCAGAAACUUGUCCGUGGUGGAAUUCAGCUUCUAUCUGGGCUUCCCUGUGCAGCAGAUUGCUGAACCCUUUCAUUAUCCUAAGCUUAAUGUGUCCCAGUUGAUGAAAUCUUCCUGGGUGAGAACAGUUCUCCUGGGUGUGGUUGACCAGCGGGUUCAGGAGGAAGUGUUCCGGGCUGAGAUGGAGCGGAAACUCGCUCACCUCUUCAACGAGGCUUUGCUCAGAGGCAGGAUCUGGAGACGGGCCAGCUUUGCAGGCACCAACGUUGUGCAGAUUGUGAACGUGUCACGCUUAGUUGGUGUUGAUAACCCCGUGGAACUGAUCUACUUCGUGGAGGACCAAGAUGGGGAGAGGCUGAGUGCUCUGAAGUGCUCAGACCUGAUGAACAGAGUGGACAUCCAGCGGGCUGCCAUCAUCCUUGGGUACCGCAUCGAGGGCAGCGUUGCACAGCCUGUGGAGAGGCUAAAGGAGCCCACGUCAGAGACUCAGAACAGCAACCUCUGGAUUAUCGUUGGGGUGGCAGUCCCAGUUGCUGUGGUGCUCCUGAUUGUGAUUAUUUUAUACUGGAAACUCUGCAGGACAGACAAGCUGGAGUUUCAGCCAGACACAGUGAGCAACAUUCAGCAGCGACAGAAGCUACAGGCCCCCAGUGUGAAAGGCUUUGAUUUUGCUAAGCAGCAUCUGGGCCAGCACAAUAAAGAUGAUGUCCUGAUUAUCCAUGAGCCAGCUCCUUUACCAGGACCCAUUAAGGACACAACCCCAUCCGAGAACGGAGAUGUGCCCAGCCCCAAAUCCAAGACUUCCACAAAGCCUUCAAAGACUGUUCGACACAGAGGGAGAAUUUCUCCAUCAGAUGCUGAAUCCACAGCAAGUGAACAAUCCAGCGGGAGAGAGACAGGAGAGGAAAGUGCAAGGCCAUCAACUGCUGCAAACGAGGGCAAGCCACGCAGAGCAGUGAAGAAGGGACCUCCUCAGACCAGCAGUGGAAACGAGCAGCACUCCUCAGCCUCCAUCUUUGAGCAUGUGGAUAGGAUGUCCCGUUCCUCAGAUGCCAGCAGACGUGUCCCAAGCAAGAUCCAGCUGAUUGCCAUGCAGCCCAUGGCAGCCCCUCCGGUCCAGAACUCCGUGCUCUCCGAUCGGGUGGCAGAGACCAACAAAAUCAAUAAAGAGAUACAAACAGCCCUGAGGCACAAAUCCGAGAUCGAGCACCACCGCAAUAAGAUCCGCCUCCGCGCCAAGCGCAAGGGCCACUAUGAGUUCCCAGUGGUGGAUGACGUGGUGGUGCUUGACUCCAAGGAGCAGCACAGGAUAUAUCGCAAGGCACAGAUGCAGAUUGACAAGAUCUUGGACCCUGGAGGCAGUGUGCCUACCGUCUUCAUAGAGCCCAGGAAGAGUUCUCGUGCAAAACGUUCUCCCAAGCCGCGCCGUCGCCAUCAGAUAAAUGGGAGCCCAAUUGAUGCUGAAAAGGACAGGUUAAUCACAACUGACAGUGAUGGCACAUACAAAAGGCCUCCAGGAGUCAAUAAUUCUGCAUAUAUUUCGGACCCAGACCUGCCAGCGGAGCCGCAAACGUCGUCCUCAGCGGAGGUGGGCAAGCUGGCGGGGCUGCCGGCGCACGCUGUGCCGCAGUACGUGCCCCCGCAGCCGUCCAUCGAGGAGGCACGGCAGACCAUGCACUCCCUGCUGGACGACGCCUUCGCCUUGGUGGCUCCCAGCAGCCAGGCUGGCUCCAACGCCGUGCCUGCGCCCGGGGGCUCCGCAGCACAGCCGAGAUACAUGGAAUUUGGAAUGACUCCGCCAGCAGCACCAGGUCUCCUACCGAGGCAGAACUUUGGGCCAGGUUUCCUUCAGCCUGCAGAGCUGAUGCACGGAGAGCAGCCACCCCCUGAGGUUCAGUACUCCUCCAGGGGGAUGUACUCAGAGGAAAUGCCAUCAGUGGCACGGCCGCGGCCCGUUGGAAGCACUGCAGGUUCUCAGAUACAGCACCUCACUCAGGUGGGAAUUGCUAGCAGGAUCGGAGGUCAACCAGUGGAGCUCCCCUCAGGCAGAGCAGGGCAUGGCCAGCCGGGGGGGCCAGGGUGGCCCCAGUAUCGUGGAGAGGAUGAAUGUGCUAGGCGAGAUGCAACGCAUAUGCAUGGACACCAAGAAUAUUCCUCCUCACCAGUAUUCCAGAUGCAGAGGACUUCAGCCAGGCAGCCCUCAGCUCCUCCUGCUCAGCUUCCACACAACAGCCUUCAGGGCCAGGGCCUUUGCUACACCACCAGUUCCACUGAGGACCUCCAGCCAGGUCACUCGUCAGCCUCUCUUAUCAAAGCAAUUCGAGAGGAACUUCUGCGGCUCUCUCAGAAACAGACAACAGUGCAGAACUUCCAUAGUUGAUUUAGCAUUCCUUUGCAAAUCUGCCAGGUAUCUGCUUCCUAUGGAAGCAAAGACUCAGAGGAAAUCAGCAAUGUCGUUCUCACAAAGGAAAGAACUUCCACAGCUCUGUUGACAGCACUCUGGAAAAAUCAAAAAAGGCAGCAAAAUGAGAAUAGUAAGGAGAGAUGGGGGACAAACAGGGUAAAUCAUCAGUGUCAUCACAAGUAAUAUUAAUUAAUCUGUUCAUAUUACGGUGCUCCUCUUCUCUCCUUACCCUCAUUCAGGCUAACAUAUAAAUAAAACCAUAGGUCAAGAACUCAGUACUUCAACAACAACAACAGAAAAAAAAAUGACAGGAAUUAUGUCCAAGAAUGAUGAACUCCUUUUUCUAAGGAAGUAGAUGAAGUUUUUAAUGAACUGAGAUGACAUUUUGCAAGAGAUUACAAGUAUUCUUAUCUCUCCAGUGCUUAUGGGGAACUGGUUUGUGUUGCUGUUCUGCAAGAUUGCAAACUGUAUCAACUUAAGGGUCUUGAAGGUCCAAUCUCACAUAGGAAUCACUUUGGUUGUCAGGAACAAUGGGACUGCUUAGAAAAAAAGUCUUUAUGAGUUACUUGUAUUAAACUGGAACAAUAAUUGUUACAGCUCUGUGGUUCCGAAUGGAGCUACCCUCUGCACUCUUCCUUGUUUUCCUUCUGGUGCUGAAGCUUCAAGUGUUCCUUCAUCUUCAAUGUUUGCAAAGUGAAACAUUGGCCUUGUAUAAUUAAGAAAAUAUUUGUAGACUCAUUCAGGCUGGAAAAAGAAAGCAAAGCAUCCAAACAGAAAGGGCUUGGUAUCUAAUUAGUUUCAAAAUUACUGAAAACUGGAAGGGGAAUAUUCAGCCACAGUUGAAUUUGGGGAAAUGUGUAUGUAUAUCUUUAAAAAACCAUAUUUGCAUACUAAAUGCUCUUGCAAGACCAGCGAUAAACUCUUGCCACUCUGUAGUUUGCUUUGUGGACAGAAAUCAAUCCAGCCUGACUGGUACAGGGUCACCAGCAUUAUGUUAUAAAUUGAUGUCCUAAAUCAUUGCUUAUGUUUGGAUCUGAAUAAUUUUAGUGGAAGUCAGUGACAGUUUAGAGCAUUAACAUAGGCUUAGAUUUGCAGUUUUGAGACAGUUUCUAUAUUUAUACUUGUUUCCACUGUCCCUUUGGACAAAGGGUAAUAAGCAUUAUCCCCAUGGUAAGGAUGGUACGUGCCAUGGAACUGUUUUGUCGCUGUUUUUUUCAGAGUUUUUAUUUAAAAUUAGCUACGAAUUUACUAAUAUUGGCCAUUGCAUAACUGUACCUGACAUAAUACACAUGGACAUUUUGCUUAAGUCACGAUUGGUUGAAGUGUUUUCAUUUUCAGGUCAGAGUGAACUAAAGCUACUAAACUGGCACAGGGAUGGAGGGCAGGCUCAUUGUUGGUGAGGAGGCUUGGGAGCCCUGCCCUAGGGCAGUGGACAGCAGGAUGAUGAGUGCUGCAGUGUUUCAAGCACGAGCAGAUGGCAGUGCUCAGGGCUCUGAGGAGCACAGAUCUGCAGAGAGAGCACUGGGCAGCCAGGCAGGGGCUGCAUUUGCCUCAUUUACCGGGGUAGAAAUGGCAGUGGGGAAAUACAGGUGCCAUAACACCGGUGUGGUGUGGUGGUCCUUGGCUGCCACAUCUGUUCCUGGCUCUAGUGCAUGGUUCAGUAAGGGCAGCAGGACUAAGUCUGAAAUGAAAACAGCUGGGAGGAUGUGGUGGAAGACAUCCGUCCCUUAUUCAUGUCCUCCACACCUUAUUCCUGAAGUGUGUCCAUCCUACUCGCGGCUGAAACCAAAAACCUCCGUUGCUCGCUGCUGUGGAAAAAAAGAUGGUAUGUUUCCCUCUUUACCAGGAAGCUCUGACGUUUUUCUGUUUACCUAUGAUCAUCAAAAUGCUGUAUGAAACUGUUUUGAGGGAGUAAUGAAGCAGUGUAAAUUAAUUUCCAGUUCCCUGGCCUAUGUGUGAAGCCCUCCUGGGCACCGGUUGAGGUUUGAAAGGAAUCAGAACACCAGCAUGGUUGUAACAGCAGUACCAACAGGUCACUAUGAUUUGUUUUUUUAAAGUUUUUUUGUGUGAUAACUCUAGGAUAAAAAUAAACAUUUGUUUUCUGCCAAGUUUGUAAACACGAAUGUUGCCAAUACUUCUGCAAAAUGCCAGGUUUUGAAGAAUGAAGAGUGUAUCAGGCGGUGUUCAUUUGGUCAUUUUGACAGCACUGAAGACUGACUGUUGCUAAGUGUUCCCAUUAAAACCAUCUCUUUCAGACCCCACGUCCUUCUCCAGUUUAAUUCUGUAGUGAGCUCAGAGACUGAUGCUUAUAAAAAUAUUAGCACAUUACUGUGACUUCACUUCAAGCAAAUGUGGUCUUCUAGAAGGUAAAUUAAUUUUGUCUGGUUCCAGCUACUUAAGAACAAUAUGUUCUCUGUGAAAUGAGAGCUUUGAAAUUUAGAGGUACUUAAGCCACUUCUCAUUCAUUGUUUUUGCUGGUGAUGGUGAUGAUGCUAUUGUGAAAUUCCAUCUUUUUAUAUUUGGAUGUGUAUAAUUUCUCUUUUCAGUCCCUAAUCUUAUGAAAAACACAGGACAAAUAUGUAUUUGUAAAUAAAAGAGGCUUUCUGAUGAAGAAAA